CUCCCACUUAACCAAACAUCUAUCCACUACUUUCUGAACUGAGGAGCCAUGGACAGCAUGAAGAGACCAUGGUUCUGGAUUUCAGUUCUCAUCCUCUGCUUCUGUUUUAUCAUUCAUUCUUCUUUUGGAGCUUUUACUUCCAUCUCUGCAAAUCAAUCUCUUUCUGGCGAUCAAACUCUGAUAUCCGAGGAAGGCGUCUUUGAGUUGGGAUUCUUCAAGCCAGGUAAUUCCUCUAAUUACUACAUAGGCAUAUGGUACAAAAAGGUCUCUCAAGAGACCUAUGUUUGGGUAGCUAACAGAAACAAACCCGUCCCUCACAAACAUUCCGCCAAGUUAGAAAUAUCGGAUGGUAAUUUAGUUCUCUUGGACGGGUCUCAAAAGAUUGUUUGGUCAACAAACUUGACUUUUCCAUCCUCAAGUCCUGUAGAAGCGGUCCUUCUUGAUAGUGGGAAUCUAGUUUUGAGAGAUAGGUCAAAUGCAACAAAAGAUUUCCUUUGGCAGAGCUUUGAUCAUCCAACUGAUACCUGGCUUCCAGGAGGUAAAAUAAAAUUAAAUAACAGAACAAAGCAGCCUCAAUAUCUCACUUCAUGGAAGAAUAGCGAGGACCCUGCAGAAGGCCUUUUCUCUCUAGAGCUAGACCCCAAAGGAAGCACGGCCUAUCUCAUUCUUUGGAACAAGUCUGAACAGUAUUGGACCAGUGGUUCUUGGAAUGGACAAAUUUUCAGUUUGGUACCAGAAAUGAGGUUAAAUUACAUCUACAAUUUCACAUUCGAGACAAACGAGAACGAGAGCUAUUUCACCUACACUGUGUAUAAUAAUAGUAUUAUAUCACGAUUUGUGAUGGAUGUCUCGGGGCAAAUCAAGCAAUUUACAUGGUUAGAAGCUAGCCAACAAUGGAACUUGUUUUGGUCACAGCCAAGACAGCAAUGUGAGGUUUAUGCAUUCUGUGGUGCAUUUGGAAUCUGUAACGAGAAUUCCAUGCCAUCUUGUACUUGUUUACUUGGCUUUGAGCCGAAGUUCCAGAGCAAUUGGACUCUGAAGGAUUACUCAGGAGGCUGUGAGAGGAAAACAAAAAUCCAUUGUGAGGACUCCAAUUCUUCGAAUGGAAAAAAGGACAAGUUCCAAGAAACGCAGAACAUGAAAUUGCCUAAAAAUUCUCUAUCUGUUAGAGCAGGGAAUGCAGAGGAAUGCCAAUCAACCUGCUUGAGCAAUUGUUCAUGUGCUGCUUAUGGAUACGAUAGCAAUGGGUGUUCAAUUUGGCAUGAAAAUCUCUUAAAUCUCCAACAACUCUCUCAAGAUGACAGCAGUGGAGAAACUUUAUAUCUCAGGCUUGCAGCUUCCGAGUUUCCUGACUCUGAAAACAAUAAGGGGACGACUAUUGGUAUUGUUGCAGGGUCGGUGGGAGGUAUCGGGAUUCUCCUAGCUAUACUUGUGAUGAUAAGGCGAAGAAAGAGAAUUGUUCAAACAAGAAAAUCUGUAGAGGGUUCAUUGAUGGCAUAUGGGUAUAGAGAUUUGCAAAACGCGACGAGGAAUUUCUCAGAGAAGCUAGGAGGAGGAGGUUUUGGUUCUGUGUUCAAAGGAACAUUGCCAGAUUCUAAUGUUAUAGCAGUGAAGAAGCUUGAAGGCAUUGGCCAAGGUGAGAAGCAGUUUCGUACAGAAGUCAGUACAAUCGGAACAGUCCAACAUGUAAAUUUGGUCCGACUUAGAGGGUUUUGUUCCGAAGGAGCGAGAAAACUGCUUGUCUAUGAUUACAUGCCAAAUAGUUCUUUGAAUUCCCAUCUGUUUCAAGAAAACAGAUUUGAGAUUUUGGACUGGGAAAUGAGGUACCAAAUUGCCCUUGGAACAGCGAGGGGAUUAACUUACCUCCAUGAAAAGUGUAGAGAUUGUAUUAUACAUUGUGACAUCAAACCAGAAAACAUUCUCCUUGAUGCUGGUUUUUGUCCAAAAAUUGCUGACUUCGGCCUUGCAAAGCUAGUUGGACGAGAUUUUAGUAGGGUUCUUACAACCAUGAGAGGAACAAGAGGCUAUCUUGCUCCAGAGUGGAUAUCUGGGGUGGCUAUCACAGCUAAAGCUGAUGUUUACAGCUAUGGGAUGAUGCUUUUUGAAUUUGUGUCAGGCAGGAGAAACUCUGAGCCAUCUGUAGAUGGCCGAGUUAAGUUCUUCCCUACUUGGGCUACAAAUGUUGUAAUCCAAGGUGGAAAUAUGCCUAGCCUAUUAGACCCAAAGUUGGAGGGAAAUGCAGACAUGGAUGAGGUAGCACGAAUACUAAAAGUUGCCGCUUGGUGUGUCCAAGAUGAUGAAACUCAGAGGCCAUCCAUGGGUCAGGUGGUUCAAAUCCUUGAGGGGGUGUCGGGUAUCAAGCUGCCUCCAGUUCCGAGAUCCCUCAAAUUAUUUCUUGAAGAAGACCAGGCAAAUAUUGUGUUCUUCACUGAUUCAAACUCGAGCUCCAACCAGAGUCACAGGUAAGGAGCAACUCUUCAACGGCCUCCUCUCAUACUCAAAGCAAACUCUCAUCUGCAGCUUCACAAGAGUAAGCUGCUGAUACAAUUUUUAAUACCAUCGUUCUGCUCUGUCGCGUGUCUUUAGUUAAUAAAUGAUAUGUAUAAUGAGGACCUCUUGCCCGUAUGAUCGUAUGCGUAGUGGAAUGUUAUCCAAGGGUGGUUGAUCAUUUGGGUUAUGGGAAUAAAACUGUAAUAAUACUUUUUUAGAAAUUCUAAAUGCAUAUAUUUUAGUUUAUUUAAA